AUGGUGCUAGAUGAUUGGAAAGACCAUGCUGUUCGAGCCCUAGUCAACGUUGUUGAUCACUUGGGAACUGUUGCUCAUAAAUUAACAGACUUGUAUGAUCAACAAACAACUUAUAUGUCAACCGUGGAUCUCAAUAUUUCAUGUCUAAAUCAGUACAUGCUUACAUGCCAAAAUUAUAUGGAAAAAGAAGGCAUUAGGCAGAAGCAAAUAUCAGGAAGAGCUCCAAGGCAUCACAAACAUUACAUUUUAUCAAGCUCCCGUCCUCAGCAGCGCAUGUCCAUCUCCACCUCUCCGCUUCCACUGUACCGUUCUUCCUCACCCAUCAAACCCAACCAGGCGCCUCCUUGCUUACAACCUCCAGCUAAAGCAACUCUUCCCGCGCUUCUUUCACAACAGCAGAACUGA